AGCCCAUAAAUUUAGAAUAGCUCGAAUAGCAGUAGCAGUAGCAGUUUCUGCGUUUUUACUCCUCCCUCAUUCUGCGUUUGAAAUUGAGGAAGAAGGAGAACCCUCCUGUAAGCUCCCCAAAUAAAUCGUCCAUGUCUUCCAACAACCCGUCGCAGCUUCUUCCAUCAGAGUUGAUUGAUCGCUGCAUCGGGUCCAAAAUAUGGGUUAUAAUGAAGGGGGACAAGGAGCUUGUCGGCACACUCCGUGGAUUUGAUGUGUAUGUGAAUAUGGUGUUGGAGGACGUUACUGAAUACGAGAUAACUUCUGAAGGACGCCGGAUUACAAAGCUUGAUCAGAUUUUGCUCAAUGGGAACAAUAUAGCCAUCCUGGUCCCCGGUGGCUCGCCCGAUCCGGAAUGAGCUGAGCUGUUAUGCCCUCCCUCCUGUCUUUGUCCGAGUCCCAAGCGCGAUGCCUUUUGUUUUAUCUUAAUUUUCUAGGUUCGAAUUUGUAAGUGAAACUUUGAAAUUGUGUCCUAUUAUUACAGUAGCCUUCGAGUUCUAGUUCGAGUUCGAGAUGUAUGUAUAUUGUCGUGUAGCUUGGGCUUUGCUUCCAUUGCUUCUUCGCCGUUCAAAUUAAGGUUUCAAAUUAAUACUGGUUUCAUUCACAAAUAUAUUGCUUUUUCCGUUCCA